CGCUCGCCGGGCGGCCACUUUCGGGAGUUUGGAAUAAGCAGUUUCAGACAAAGGCUCUGCUUAACCGAAACAAUGUUUGCAGAUUUGGACUAUGAUAUUGAGGAAGAUAAGCUGGGGAUUCCCACUGUACCUGGGACAGUGACCCUGAAGAAGGACUCUCAGAACCUGAUUGGGAUCAGCAUUGGGGGAGGAGCACAGUACUGCCCCUGUCUCUACAUUGUCCAGGUAUUUGAUAACACUCCUGCAGCCUUAGAUGGCACUGUAGCAGCUGGUGAUGAAAUCACAGGAGUGAAUGGGAAGUCCGUCAAGGGAAAAACCAAGGUGGAGGUGGCCAAAAUGAUACAGAUGGUAAAGGGAGAAGUGACAAUACACUACAACAAACUUCAGGCUGACCCAAAGCAGGGCAAGUCUUUGGAUAUUGUAUUGAAGAAGGUAAAGCAUCGGCUGGUAGAGAACAUGAGCUCAGGGACAGCGGAUGCCCUGGGCUUAAGCCGAGCCAUACUUUGCAAUGAUGGACUAGUGAAGAGGUUAGACGAGCUGGAAAGGACUGCAGAGUUGUACAAAGGCUUGACAGAGCACACCAAGAGUCUUCUCAGAGCUUUCUUUGAACUAUCCCAGACGCACAGAGCAUUUGGAGAUGUUUUCUCUGUCAUUGGUGUACGGGAGCCGCAACCAGCUGCCAGUGAAGCCUUUGUGAAAUUUGCUGAUGCCCAUCGCAACAUUGAGAAGUUUGGGAUUCACCUUCUAAAAACAAUUAAGCCGAUGCUUACUGACUUGAAUACGUAUCUGAAUAAAGCCAUUCCUGACACAAGGCUGACUAUCAAAAAAUACCUGGAUGUCAAGUUUGAAUAUUUGUCUUACUGCCUGAAAGUCAAAGAGAUGGAUGAUGAGGAGUACAGCUGCAUUGCUCUGGGUGAACCCCUCUACAGGGUCAGCACUGGGAACUAUGAAUACCGCCUUAUCCUGCGCUGCCGGCAGGAGGCUCGCACGCGCUUUGCCAAGAUGAGGAAGGAUGUGCUAGAGAAAAUAGAGCUCCUGGACCAGAAACAUGUGCAGGACAUCGUGUUCCAGCUCCAGCGUUUUGUCUCCACCAUGUCCAAGUACUACGACGACUGCUAUGCCGUGCUCCGAGAUGCAGAUGUCUUUCCCAUUGAGGUGGACCUUGCCCGCACUACUCUCAACUACGGGCAGAAGGACACAUACACGGACGGUGCAGAAGAAGAAGAAGGAGGAGAAAGCGAGAGAGAGGGUAGCGGGAAGGAACAGGCAAAUGGUGAAAAGCUCAUUGAUGAUGCCUGAGUGGCCAGAGGAGAGACUUUGCAGACUGUUAUAAAUGUCUGUUUCACAUAACGAUUCAUCCUCUGAGAUUUCUGUGUAUGUCCAGCCUGGAAUUCCUCCUCUGCUUUGGGUGGGGGUAGCUGGUUGGAUCGGUACCAACCUCUGCUUUCUCCUCUCUUCCUUUGCUUGUUUGCCUGGAUAUUCCUUUUACUCCUAGAGAUUCCUGCUGCCCAACUUGAAUACUGAGGUGUGGGGAGGAAAAUCCCCUCCCACACCACCAUGUGACCGUGUGCAGGCAGGACAUUGCCGAGCAUAGAGGGCAGCAACCACUCCCCUCUGGCUUAUGGAGGCCACUUAAACAUCUGGAGAUGGUUUCAAAUGGCAUGAAGAGCCCCUUUCUGUCCUCCCCUUGUGGUAGGGGAAGCUGUUGGCCCCAGCAUUGUUUUCUUCAUCCCAGUGCUCACUGUCUCCAAGCUUCCCAUUCUCUGGCCUGUUUUGAGCUACUUCUGUCUCUUCUGUCCAUCCCCAUGGGCUGCAGGACUGAUUUCUGUAGGAUGAUCACUGCUUUUAAGAAAUAGAAGUCCAAACUGAUGUCUAGAAGUGGUGGUAGUACAUGUGAUCGGAUCACCGUCCAUCCAAGGAGCUGGGGGAAGCCCUCAAAGCAGGGGCUGAUGGGAGUAGGUGUCUGGUAUGCAGAGCUGCAAAUUUAGGAAAUCUCUUCCCCUGGCUUCCAUCCUCUUCAAAGUCACUGAGCUCCUGCACAGCUGGCACUGUCUGCACACUCCAUAGCUACAGCACAGGGCUAGGAUCCUGUAGGAUGUGGCUCUGCCCUUCCCUGUGGGAAGGAGGGACCUGGCUCAGGAAAGAGCCCCCCUAGUCAGCAGAGAUGCUGAGGUAAGAGUGCUUGUCUGUGGCAGACAGAUUCCUAGGAAUGACAGCAAAGCUGCACCCAUUUCCUUUCCAUCAUUCUCUUUUCCAUGUCUCCUUCAUUAUUGUAUGGCUCUUCAGCUAGAGAGGAGAGACAGCCUCGUGGAGAGAGGAAGGCAUGGCCUGUAGGCAGAGGCUUUGAGAUUUUUUAGUGCAAAGCAUGGAUAGCAUGCUGCUCCCCACUCUCCUCUCAGCACAGCCAUUUGUGCUGCCCUGGGCCAGCCAGCCCCAGUGGCUGACAUCCCAUUCCCAGCACAAGGAAAGGAGAGGAAUGAAGAUUGAGGUAAGUGAGGCUGCAUCUUUCCUCCUUCCUUUUCUCUUCUCCCUUUGUCCCUGUGGGCUGAUCCCAGAUGCAGAUUAGCACUUUCUGUUUUGGCAGACAGCACAACUGCCAGGAGCAGUGUGCUUCUCAGAGGCAAGGGUUUUGACUUCUGUCAUUACAUUCUAGUGGUAGUGAGAGAAGUUAUUCGAGGGCAUUAAUUUAUGAUCGAGAUGUUUGGUUUUCUUUGUUUUUUCUCUUCGAUUUGUCUUUGGAGCUUUGUCAUCUCUGUGUAUGCCUGGAAGAAAGCCAUCCAUGGUUAAGCUGUUCUGGAAGAUUUCAAUGGAUUCUGUUGUACUGACUGUUGUCUCUAAUAAAGAAAAAUGUGACAUUUC